UUGUUCCAUUUCACUUUUCCUAGGUUUAUUUAUAUAUAACGUUAACUUCGCUUCUCAUUGUCUCUUACACACUUCCACCCUCGCCGCAAGCUCCUACUAUCAACCCUCGCCGCAAGCUCGUUCUACUUCACAACCCUCGCCUCUUUCUCGCAUUUCCCUCCCCAGGAGGCCAAAGUUUGAUCUAGUUAAGGAGAACAUGGAUAUGGCUGUCAUCAAGGUGGAGUCUGUUGCUGAUGAGAAAAUUGACACCUCUAGUGCAAAAGAUUUUGAGGAUGUGGAGGUUGAUAUUAUGAGUUUGACGAACAAGGUCGAUGUCGGGUCUAGCAAAACUGAGGACCCUGAUGCAACUGACCCUGACGCUACAGAGUAUUCGAGUUCGUUUUCUGAUACGAACUCUGAUGGUGAAAAUAGUUCGAGGCCGAGUGACGCUGAAAUGGACUCGGAUUUCUUUGGUGAGAAUGGAGUGGCAGGCCCUAGGGAUACUGCUCGUCCUGGGUUACGACCAAGGAAGAGGAAGUUGACAGAUCAUUGGAGGAGCUACAUAAGACCUCUAAUGUGGCGUCUAAAGUGGACAGAGAUAAGACUCAAGCAAUUUGAGGCCCAAACAUUAAAGUACACUAGACAAAUUCAAGAGUGUGACAAGGGGAAGCAUAGGGUGCCAGAUGGUUUUAACAUGGUAGAGUCUGGUUCAAAGUCGGUGCCAUUUACAUGUCACCAGUACAGAAGUAAGGCCAAAAGGAGAAGAAACCGAAAGAAAGUUGAGAAAUCAACUGACUUAGCAUCGUAUACAGCACAUCACUAUCUUUUCUCCUAUCUUGAGAGUAAGAAGACUGACCGUGAGAGCUCUUUGGAUGAUGAUUUUGAGAAUCCAGUGAUUGCAGAGCCCCAUGCUGAUUUAACAGAAAAGCAUGAAGACCGGCCUUUGCUUAAAUGCACCAGCGCUGAUGUUUCCUAUGAGCAGCUUCUUUGGAACAUCGACAAUUUGCAUAAUAGGGUCCGCACCCUGAAGAGUGGUGUCAAUGCAAUCACCUCCAGAAAUGCUUCAAGGUUUUCUGAAUCAGAGAACUUUAGCCUUAACCCUUACGGUGACGUGCAGACUAGCUCUGCUCAAUCUCCAACCAAUUCAGUAGGGAAUGGCUAUACAGCAUCUGUUGGAGAAGGUGUCAUUCAUUCUUCUCAGAAUGUAGCUGAUGAGUAUGACUUCGGAGACUUUGUCUUUCCCGACAGUGCUGUUUCAAGCUUUGGAGAAGCUUCGAACAUUCCGGAUAUCAUCGAGAGCACUGUUGGCUUGUUAACUGCUGCUGAGGUCACCCUUCAAUCAGCUCUGGUUGCUGAAUCGGGGGAACAUAUGGUGGAGAAUAAAGAUGUGUUGCUGCAAAGUGCAACUCACCAUCCUGUGAAGGUUGAGAAUGUCAAAACAGAAGCUGAAGCUGGCGGCUCCACCGAGAAGAUUCCUGAGAGGCUGAAGGAGAUCAAAGUUGAAGCGGUUGAAGGUUCGCAUUCUGCUUCAAUUCCCAUAUCAGAUGGGAAUAUAGCAACAACAGCUUGUGCAUCUCAAGAGCAAUUGGCUCUACAGAACAAUAAGGACGCGAGCAUCCCCAUAAGCAAAAAGAAGCGCGGGGAACGCAAGGCUGGUUCAGGUGGGUGGAACAAGUAGUCACCCCGGAGAAGCCGAUAAACAAUAAGACUUCCCAGUAUACUGUGAAAGCUGGUGAAUAAUAAUAAUACUUCACAAUUUAUUGUGAAAACCGGUGAAUAAUACUUCACAAUUUGUUGUGACAUAAUAGUUUCAAACUCAUUUUUUUAUCUGGUUUAUUGUGACAUUUAUUUAAACAUUUUUAGUCGUGAUGUUGAAUAUGGUGUUAUUAGAAUAUGAUUCAUAAUUAGAAUAGUGGGUCUGGUUAGAAUAUUCUGGAAGGGGUAAGAAAGAAAUUGUUGCAAAUCCUUGAGAUGCUAGUGAUGUGGCAUGCCUUGGAUCAAUAGCUGUAUCUGUGUUUGUUAUAAGGGGUUGAGUGAGAGAAUGUGGGGGCAUCUUGGAAUUUAACUAAGUUAGUUAUAGAUAGGAGGCAAUAGCUUUCUAUAGGAGCAUAGAAUUGUGACAGGCAAGGUUUCCGUCCUUCUCUGUAAUUCCCUCUGUUAACAUUAAUAAACAGCUCAUUUUCAUUUUUUA